ACGGAACUUCGCUUAGCUUCUUCUUGUUCUUCUCCUCUCCUCUCCUUCUCUGUCAACAGAGUUACGUUUCUGAAUCAAUUUUGCCGUUUUUUUUGUGUGCGAUUUUGUUAUGAUUUUGGAUUUUCAUCGAAUUUGUUUUGCUGUUUUCUUCCUUUUUUUUUGUUUCUGUUUGUUUUAAGCUUUUACCGAAUCGCAAUUUGUAUGAACAUUAGCAUCUUAGUUCCUAAAAUCUAUGGCUAUUCUUAGAAACCCAAAGAGUUAUGAGAACUUUGGAAUUGAUAAGAUUCAUCUGAUUUUUCAUACGUAGGCUUGAAUUUGGCGAAUCCCUCCCUUCGCUUCUUUAAUUAAUGACAGAGAGAACUGCGAAAAGACCAUCCAUGGCUCGAGGUGGACGCUGCCUCUCCGAUUAAGUUCAUAUCUAAUCACCAUGAAACAAGUAAAAUCUCCUACUUCUUCUUUCUCACCGAUACAAUUUUUUACUAUUUCCCCCAAUAUCAGUUUAUUAGGAAUUUUUGUUAAUCGUUUGUUGUUUUCUGUGGCUUUUUUUUAAUGAUUCGUAUAUUACCGAGGAAGCUACAGAUUUGAUCGCGAACGAAUUCUAGAGAUCAUUCAGAGGCCGGAUCGUGGUGUGGCUUAUUCAAUCCUUUUGUCUUCUGCUUGGUGUUUUUGAUUUUGAUUUCACAAGAAAGAAAACAGUUGACAAGAAAUUUUGAUAAGUGAAUAUAAAGAUACAGAUGGCAUAGUAGCCGAGGAAGUAACAACGGAUAAGAAUACUACCAAGCCUUCUUCUGGCUCAAGUUCAAGAUUGCCUUUGGUGCUUUCUGAGAAGGUGAAUCGUACAAAGGUUAACGUGGGUCAGUCAGAGGCAAAGAUUGAAGCUAUUAUGAAGGACUUCAUCCAGCUGACACGACAAUCUAAUGUCUUUGAAGCAGAAACAAUGAUGGAAGGCACUCUGGAGGGAUUUUCGCUCGAUUCAGAUGAUGAAGCUAACAGAAACGCCAAGACUGCUUCAAAUCCCGCGGAUUAAAGUGGAGGCACAGCGGAAGUAACCAACGCAAGUAGCAAAGCCAAAGCAAAAUGCGAAAAUAGAAGCAGCAGCAACCAGCAAAGAAGGCUAGAAAUAUUUGUCAAGCUCACCAUACAAAUCUCCAGCAAGACUGGUCGUGGAUUCGCGGUGGCAGAAAUUUAGAAGAAAUACGUUUUGACUUAAUGACAGAGAAAAUAAGUGUAUAUAAGUCUAACAUUUUUAGGUGAAAACUAGCUGAAGAACAAACUGAAAAGAUCGAUUACUACUUGUUUACAGUCAUGACUAUUCUAAAUCAGAUAAGGUUUAAUCAUCUUCGAGUGUCAUCUAAUCAUCUUCUAGUUUCUGAAGUUUAAUGCCCACGGCUACUGCCAGUAGCAGAUUUCAUAGAAUCAUAGUCACUAUGGCUUACCUACUCAUCAAUAACAAAAUCAACAGAGGGCGAUCUUGGUGGAUCUCUUGAAUCUCCAAACACAUUGCAAUCAAUCAUCUAUACUAUAGAAGGAUCUAGAAGAUCCAUGUUAUUAAUGAGAAUAUUAUGAAUUUGUAUUUAUGUUAUAUGAUUCUAUUAGAUAGAUAAUUAGGUAAACUCUAUCACUAUAUAAAUGUUUGUACUUUGUAUAUUCAUCUUCAUCAGAGUAAAUAUAAUUCUUCACAUUCAUAA